GAGUGAUGAAGAGCAGAAGGCGGGUCUGUGAAUGGGUCGGUGUGACACGCGUGAACACAGGGAGAAUUGAAAGUGAAGAGGAUAAAAAAUAAACUACUCUUAUGGAUUUUAUUGAUUCCCUCUGAAAGACAAUGAGUCUGGUGCUGCAUGAACUGUUAGUGUGCUGUCGUGGACUAGAAAAUGAGAAAGCCACAGAGAGAAAGAAAGAAGCGGAUCGUUUUAGGAGACUCAUUCGCGCGCGGGACACACACGAGGAACUUGAUCGUACGUCAGGAUGCAAAGUGUCCAAGGGUUCCAAGAAUCUCACCUGGGAUGCUGUUUUCCGGUUUCUGCAGCGGUAUUUUCAAAAAGAGACAGAGCUCCUACAGUCAGCAAAAUCCAAUGUUUCUGCCAUCACGCAGGCAAACCGACAGAAAAAAAUGCAGGAGAUCAGCAGCCUGAUGAAAUAUUUCAUCAAAUGUGCCAAUCAACGUGGUCCGAAGUUAAAGUGUGGCGAGCUGAUGUCUCAUGUGGUGGAGGUGCUUCAGAGUCCUUUCAGCUGUGCUGCAUACGGCGAGGACUACAGCACUAUUCUCCUUAAGAGCAUCUUGUCUGUUAGAAAAUACUGGUGUGAGAUGAGCCUGCAGCAGUGGCACAGUCUGUUAGAUUUGUACUGCGGGCUCUUCAAUAAGGGUUCCAAGUAUAUCAACAGGGUCCAGGUGAGUCGGAUAAUCUACACUGUGGUUCGUGGUUGUUGUUUUCAAACGGAUGGACUGUCCCACACUCUCUUCAACUUCUUUCUGAAGGCUCUGAGCAAUGCCAGGACAGAAAAGCAGCUGAUGGUGCUGGCGAAUCUGGUAUCUGCUGCCAACGUGUUUCUGUGUUCAGUGCUUCUGUCAUGCAGGAAAAGAGUUUGUGGUCUGGGUGAAGAAGUCCUGUCAUCUUUGCUGUAUGUUUACACUCAGAUGAGACCCAGUUCAGGGCUGAAAGAAGAGUUGGUCAAGUUUUUCUACAUCCAGCUUUGUGUUCAUCACCCCAAAGGAGUCAAGACUCCUGAAACAGGUGCCCAUGCUGAGAACUGGGUCAAAUGGCAGGGUCAGCUGUGCGCCCUGUAUGAAGCCCUUAUUGGCGAGAUCGGUCAGAUCGGCAGCAGAGGAAAAUACGCUACAGGAUCUCGUCAUAUAGCUGUCAAAGAAAACCUCAUUGAGAUGACUGCUGAUGUCUGCCACCAGUUGUUUAGUCAUGGCACCCAUGUCCAGGAAGUAACAUCAUCUCUGUAUCGAGAUACUCAGCGAGACAGUCCUCAGAGCUGCAAGCGCAGACGAAUCGAGCAGCCGUUGGCAAAUUGGGAGGUGAUACGCUCCAAACUGCAGUCCCACCACAGCGACUUCGAUAUGAUACCCUGGUUACAGGUCACAGCCACCCUGAUAUCCAGAUACCCCUCUAUCUUGCCAGUUGAUGAGCUCGUGCCUCUGCUGGGGUUACUUUGCCAGCUUCAGGGUGAACAGCAGCGAAGAGGUGAUAGGGGACCAUAUGUCCUGCGCUGUCUGAGAGAGGUUGCGCUCUGCCAUGCCAAAAACUCAGGAAACUCCUCAUCUCAAUCUGCUGAACUGGGCCGUCUGUGGGGCAAAGUUUGGGCUCUGGCUUUGCGAGGAGUCAGCUCAGCACAGACUGGCACUCUCUGUCUGGAACUGUUGCGUACCAUGGUGCAAGAAUCCCUGGUCCCUGUUGAUAGAGAAUUCUGGAAAAUCUUCUCUGCUGCCGUCUGCAAACCUUCCCUUGUUGGUGCUAUCUGCCUUGCUCAGGCUUUGGUGAAUUGCUCUGUUCCUAAGAGCAUUCACAGCAGUGAUAUGACCAGUGGAGUGUUGAUGGAGACGGGUGGAGAGAUGCCCACUCUGAGAGACUCCAUCAUCAGCUGGCUGCUCAUGAAUGAACAGAGCGAGGAGAUGGAGGAGAACUGCAAACCUCAUCUUAUUAUCACCAGGGAUUUUCCACUGAACCUCAUUCCUAGAAUUUUGGUGUGUUUAACACUUAAAGACAGCAGAGCCGGCUUGAAUUUUCUGAUGGGCGGUCUGGUCUCAGAGAGCUUCUCACUUCAGAGUUCUUCCUUCACAGAGGAGAAAGAGAGUUUAGGGGAAGUGGAGAGUCUGUAUCUACAGUUCAGUUUUGACGACACAUCUUCCUGCUCUCCAGUGAAAGCUCAGAGAGAAAGUAUAUGUUUAGACAAACCACAGUUCACUGUUAUUCAAACUCUCAGGACCAAACUGGAUACGAGUCUACUGUCUGUGGCCGAGCAGCUCUUUAACUGUUAUUCUCCUGAUGGUUCAAACCCUCCUCAUGAGUGUGUGGUACGCUGUGCCUUGUUGCUGACUGGAGUUCUGGCUGCUUACAUGUCUAUUGGGCUUCUUACAGAAGAACAAGCCUGUCAUUCUUCUCUCUUCCUCAAAGCCAAGGCAUUGGUUCAUGAAUUCAGUCAUUACAUAUCGACAGCAAAGAACAAACUUGGAGAGAGUGACACAAUCGCAACAAUACAGUCUGUUAUGCAGCUGUAUUCAAAUGGUAUAAGCAGAGGAGAAAAGGAGGACAACAUAUACAGUAUCUCUCGCAAUGUAUUUAUGAAGACUUUGCCAGCGAGGUUGUUGAAUGACUUGGGUGAUAUAUCCAAACAGCUGCUGAGUAACUCGGGUAAAAAAGAAAGCACGGUUAUGGAGAACGAGACAAUGGAUGAAGACAUGGAUGUGAGCAGAAUUCAGACUGACAAUCAUGAAGAGAUUGAUCUGUUUGAAGAUGGAGAUGGCCCACAUCACAGCAUCACCAGACCCAGCCAACCUAGUGAAGAAACUGCUGAUAUUAGCACAGGUGCCUUGAGUGCCUUAUCUGAGCAGCAUUUGACUAACCAGGAUGUAGCUUUCCUGUCUGUGCUUGGAUUCCUGUCGCUGUGUGCAUCCUCAGAUCUUAAUGGUGGCUUCUCUUUCAAACCUCUGGACAUGCAACGCAAGCUGCUCAAACUGCUCGAUCUCACAGACUUCUCUCAACCACUGCACCUCAACAUGUAUCUUUCCUUAUUGAAGAAACUUCCAGCAGAGGUCACAUCUCUGGCCACUGAAGAAUGGGAUGCUCUUCUCAGACCUCUGCCAGAUGUCUGUUCCCUGUAUCGGCAAGACCAGGAAGUGUGUGCUGCCAUACUGUAUGCUUUAAUACCAGCCAUCAGCUGUCUGGGCCGCACAGCGUCUGAGAGCGAGUCGGAUAAUGAGAUGGCACAUGUCCGUGGAGCUCUGCUCAAGGUCAUUUCAGGUUUCUGUAUCUUGGGUAAAUCUGGCAAAUGCUCUUCAUCUGUGAGGGCUGCACUGGGGAAGUGUUUACUGGCUUUGCUGGAGGCGGACCCUUGCUGUAGGUGGGCGGUCCUAACGCUCAGGGAGGAGGAGCUACCUGUGUCUGUGGUUCUCUCAUCUCAUCUUGCAGAUCCUCAUCAUCAUGUCUGCAUGCUGGCAGCACUGUCUGUGGAGAGAUUGUUCCUCAUAAAAAGAGAGGAUGGUGAAGGGAAGAUAAUGCUUCCUCUGAAGCAUCAGCAGACAGCCUUUGAGAACAUUUACCUUAAGGCUCAGGAGAGAAUGAGAGGACAGAGAAACUGUUCUCCUGAAGACGAGUCUGAUGAGAUCUUUAAUUGUCGAGCAACCUUAUUAAAAAGCAUCUCAUUGGUGAUGUCCUGCAGCCCUGUGUGUGAAAAGCAAGCCCUAUUUGCUCUUUUUCAAUCCCACAAAGAGAACGGAAUUGAGGAACAGCUUAUCAAAAAGGUACUGAGAUGUGUGUCUCAGGCACUCGGGUACAGGGACUCUGAAAGUUUAAUUAAUUCACACCAGCAUUACCUGGUAGCUGAGUGGCUGAACCAGAAACAAGCCGACUCGCGAUAUACGCUACAGACCUUUCCCUACGCACUGAUGGGCUACAGAGAUCUUGGAGAGUUUUACAGGUCAUCCUACCAUGUGCUGAUCCCACACCUGGUCUUCUUGAAUGACUUUGAGGAGGUGAGAUCUAUUGGUGAUCAUCUUGGCCAGGAUUGGAAGCAACUGCUGGCUAACUGCUUCCCCAGGAUCAUGGUGAACAUACUGCCCCACUUUGCCCUCGCUGGUCAAGAAGCUCAGGUGGCCCAGCAGAGAGAGAAAGCACACAGGGUGUACGAUUUACUGAAAGAUAGCAACUGCCUUGGAAAACAGCAAAUUGACAGUCUGAUUUGUAAUAACCUGGCUGACAUCGUGGUGGAGCUGUUAAUGACGCUGCAUGAGACAGCAGGAGAGUCAACGGGAAAUAAUGAAGAUUUACACAAAUUUACUGGAGAGCUGGAUCCUGCGCCAAACCCCCCGUUCUUCAGCUCGUAUGUGAUCAGAGCCACACUGGAUUACCUGAGCAAGUGUCACAGUGCUAGCCAUAAAUCUCUGGUCACCAUCCUGUCCAAAACACCAAUGUCCAUUCAGAAGAUUCUUAUAGCGAUAUGCCAGAAAGCAGCAGAUACAACCAACGCUUACGAGAGACAUCGAAUCCUUAUGAUGUACCAUCUGUUUGUCAGCAUGAUGCUGAGGGAGGUGAAGGACGGGCUUGGUGGAGCCUGGGCAUUUGUGCUUCGUGAUAUCAUCUAUACACUGAUUCACAAUAUUAACAGCAGAUCAUUUCAUCAGGAAGAGGUGUCCACCCGUAGUCUGUCCCUGUGCUGUGACCUGCUUUCAUUGGUCUGUCAGACAGCUGUUGAAUACUGUGAUGAUGCGCUGGAGAGCCAUCUGCAGGUCAUUGUGGGUACUCUCACAGCACAGGUCACUGAACAAUCUGCCAUAUCUCAACAGGUCCUUCGCCUGCUGCGGUUCCUGGUGAUGGAGAACCCAGAGAACAGGAUGCUGAGGAAGUCCAUACCCCUGCUGGAGCCUUUUCCCGACCGGCCCGCCUUCAGAGAGCUCAGAGCCGCCCAACAUGCCCUCAAAUACAACUCAGGAGCAUUCACCCUCAGACAGGAAAUUGAGCAUUUUCUGUCGGUUACUUCGUGUGAUUCGUUGCCAUUGACACGUCUGGAGGGAUUGAAAGAUUUGAAGAGACUUCUUCACAGCCAUAAACAGCAGAUCGGCCAGCUACUGAAAGAGUGCCACAGUCAAAAUCACAUUUCUGAUCCUACAAGCUCUGUUCUGCUUAAGCUGGUUCUGAACCUUCUUCAGCUCUGCAAAAUUGCCACCAACCACCCUGGAGGAAAAGACAUUUUGGAGGCUGUUGGGAGGUGCUUAGGAGAACUUGGACCUGCUGACUUGUCAACCAUUGCAUUGCAUCAUGGGAAGGAUCAGCUGUAUGCUAAAGCAGCCGAUUUGUUUCCUGAAGUUCCUCUCCAGUGGAUCUUUAUUAUUUUGAACUGCAUGGACAAUGCACUCACACAUCACAGUAUCGCCGUACGUCAGGCUGCUGGUGUGUGUCUGAAGAACGUCCUGGCCACUGAAUAUGGUAUUGAAUUCGGGGAACUGUAUAAAAGUAAAAGGGACCCAAUGCUGGCAUACCUUAACCCUUUCCGCUCUGCCAAGAGACGGGAGCCCACUGUGACUGUGGAGGUGACUUCAGAGUCCAGAGACAGACUAAACAAUCCUGACCUGUGGUCUGUACAACCUGGUGGACACAGGAACUGGUUGAAGAGUCUUUGCAUGGCUCUGUUAGACAGUGGAGGGGUUCAAAAUGAAGCUCUGCUUCUCACCAGACCUUUAUGUGAGGUGAAAACAGAUUUUUGCCAGAGGAUGUUGCCACUGUUUGUUCAUGAUAUUCUUAUGAGAGAUGCGGAUGGUUCCUGGAGGCAACUCUUAUCCACAAAUAUCCAGAGUUUCUUUAGUCAGUUCUGCAAACCCUCUACACCCACCAGCCGCCCCACCACUCCCAUGCUCUCAGAUUCAGGGAACACAGAUAUUGGAAACCAGGUUGCAGUAGAUAAGCCCUCUCUUCGUAGCAUGCUGGCAGUCAUAGACUACCUGAGACAGCAGGGUCGACCUGUCACGCAAAAAAGUAAUGAAUAUGGGACAGUGUGUGAUUCAAACUUCUGGCUGGAUCUGAAUUAUCUGGAGGUGGCUGGAGUCGCCCAGUUGUGUUCUGCUCAUUUUACUGCUCUCCUGUACUCUGAAAUCUACGUAGAUAAGAUCAGAUCUGACAUGGAGCAGAGCCGAAGGUCUCAGUCUCGAGCAUCGAGGAGAAUCACAUUUGAAGAGGGCAGUCAGACUUUGUCCAUUGGUGCUGUGAAUAUAAAGAGUUUAGAAGACUCUGGCAUCAGUCUACAGGAUCUUCUGAUUGAAGUGUACAGGUGUAUUGGAGAACCUGACAGUCUGUAUGGUUGUGGAGAGGGCAAGUUAAUCAGUCCUCUUACUAGGAUUCGAACUUAUGAGCAUGAGGCCAUGUGGGAAAAGGCUUUGGCUUCAUAUGACCUUCACUCCAACCUUCCAGAGGUCACACGACAGAUCGGCAUAGUGGAGGGUCUGCAGAACUUUGGUUUGUGUAGUAUUUUGAGCACAUAUCUCCAUGGGCUGGAGAAGGAAGGUGUGGAGUGGAGUCCUGAACUUCGAGAGCUACGCUUUCAGGCCGCCUGGAGAAAUACACAGUGGGACUGCGAUCUGCCUGAAAGAAAUGAGAAACUAAAGCCUGGUAUCAAUGAGUCCCUGUUCAGUGCACUUCAGGUUCUGCGGGACAAAGAAUUAUCAUUGUUUGAGCAAACCCUUAACUAUGCCAGAGGUCAUGAGGUGGAGGAGUUGUGUCGUGGCAGUUUGGAGGCUGUGUCUUCACUUUAUCCUGCUCUCUGUAACCUGCAGAGAAUUUCUGAACUCCAGAGUGUCCAGGAUCUUUUCACAAGGCCAAUAACUGACUCCAGUCUGAAUGAGGUCUACAGGAAAUGGCACCAACACUCAGAUCUUUUGACCGACAGUGAUUUUACCUUAGUGGAGCCUGUUUUAGCCCUGCGCUCCUCCAUACAGGAAGCCCUGAUUUCCUCAGCGACAGACCUUGACCAGAAGAACUACCUGAUAUCAGCCUAUUCCUCACACCUGAUGGAGCUCUGCAAGCUGGCUCGCUCUGCAGGCAACACACAGCUGGCAGAACGAGCAGUUUUUCAGAUGAAGCAGCGAAGCGUGGCAAUGGCUGGUGCCGUGUGUUCGUGGGCCUGGCAGCUGGAGGAGGCACAGGUGUUCUGGGUGAAGAGGGAACAGGGAUUGGCUCUGGGGCUACUCAAACAGAUGAUCCACAAACUAGAGGAUCUGGUGUGUGUGAAUCCUGCUUUGGUCCCGGUGUAUUCCGAAUGUUUGAGACUGUGUGGAAGUUGGCUGUCUGAAUCCUGUCUGGAAAGCCCUGCUGUUAUACUGGACAAAUAUCUGGAAAUGGCUGUUGAGGUGAUCAAGGAGCAUCAUGGCGGUUCAGACGCUGAACUCCAGAGCCAGAAAACCCAGGCUUUCUUCUCGCUGGCCCGUUUUUCUGAUGCACAGUACCAGAGCAUUGAGAACUACAUGAAGUCAUCAGAGUUUGAGAAUAAGCAGGCGCUCCUGGAAAAGGCUAAAGAGGAAGUGGACCUCAUGCGAGAGAGGAGGGUCAGCAAUAACAGAUACACUGUGAAAGUUCAGAGGGAACUUGAGCUGGAUGUCAAGGCAAUGGCCAACCUGCAGGCUGACCGCAACCGUUUCCUCCUCAAAGCUGUGGAGAACUACAUUCAGUGCCUGGAGCUUGGAGAGGAGCACGACACCUGGGUCUUUAGACUGGCUUCCCUCUGGCUGGAGAACGCUGAUGUCAAAGCAGUCAAUGACUUGAUGAAGAGUGGUGUAAAGAAAAUUCCAUCAUACAAGUUCCUGCCUCUGAUGUACCAGCUAGCUGCUCGUAUGGGCACAAAAGUCUCCAGUUCACAGGACGUGGGCUUUCAUCAUGUUCUGAAUGAGCUGAUCUGUCAGUCAUCCCUUGACCAUCCCCACCACACUCUCUUCAUCAUCUUGGCCCUGGUCAACGGCAACAAAGAUGAGAGUUUUUCGCGUAGCCGUUCAUCCAAGAGCAGUGCGCGCCAACCUUCACCUCUGGAUUUGGAGCGUGCUGAUGUAGCUCGAAAGAUCAUUGACGUGGUUCGUAAAAAGAGGGCCAAGAUGAUCAAAGGCAUUGAGACACUCUGCGAUGCCUACAUCACUUUGGCUUACAUGGACGCCAGUCGCCAUAAAACUGAAAAGAAAGCCAUACCCAUCCCACCUGAACAACCUAUUAUGCAAAUUAAAAACCUUGAUGAUGUCAUCAUUCCCACCAUGGAGAUCAGGGUGGAUCCAUCAGGCAAAUACGAAGAUCUUGUCACUGUCAGUUCAUUCAAACCUCACUUUUACCUGGCUGGAGGUGUGAACCUACCAAAGAUAAUCGACUGUGUGGGCUCAGAUGGCAAGAGCAGGAGACAGCUAGUCAAGGGUCAGGAUGAUCUGAGGCAGGACGCUGUGAUGCAGCAGGUGUUUCAUAUGUGCUCCACACUCCUGCAACGUAACGCAGAAACGCGCAAGAGAAAACUCAACAUCCGCCGCUACAAAGUGGUGCCAUUUUCCCAGCGCAGUGGUGUUUUGGAGUGGUGUUCUGGUACUGUACCCAUUGGAGAGUUCCUGGUAGACCCACAGAAGGGGGCACACAAGCGCUUCCGACCACAGGACUGGACCAACAUGGCGUGUCGUAAGAAAAUGAUGGAUGCUCAAAGACUGGAAUUUGAUGCCAAACUUGAGGCUUUCACAGAGGUGUGCCAGCAUUUCCGGCCAGUGUUUCGAUACUUUUGCAUGGAGCGUUUCCUGGACCCAGCCGUGUGGCUGGAGAGACGACUAGCAUAUACUCGCAGUGUGGCCACCUCCUCUAUUGUUGGUUACAUCGUUGGCUUGGGUGAUCGACACAUUCAAAACAUUCUCAUUGAUGAACAGACCGCAGAAUUGGUCCACAUAGACCUUGGUGUUGCAUUCGAGCAGGGUAAAAUCUUACCCACCCCUGAGACUGUUCCUUUCAGACUUUCUCGAGACAUCGUGGAUGGGAUGGGCAUCAGUGGGGUGGAGGGCGUCUUCAGGAGAUGUUGCGAGAAGACGAUGGAAGUCAUGAGGAGCUCUCAGGAAGCCCUGUUAACCAUUGUGGAGGUGUUGCUGUAUGACCCUCUGUUCGACUGGACCAUGAACCCUCUAAAGGCUUUUUACCUGCAGCAACACGAUGAGCAGGCAGAGCUUAAUGCCACACUUAACACCACGCCAGGCGGAGAUGAGCUUGACGGACACCGCAAGGCCAGCAGUGACAGUCAGAGCUUUAAUAAAGUGGCCGAGCGAGUGUUACUCAGACUGCAGGAGAAGCUGAAGGGUGUUGAGGAGGGAACAGUUCUCAGUGUCGGAGGGCAGGUUAACCUCCUCAUCCAACAGGCUAUGGACCCUAAAAACCUCAGUCGGCUUUUCUCCGGUUGGCAGGCCUGGGUCUGAUACACCUGCUUACACACCUCAUACGUAUAAAAUGUCAUCUAAAAUAACCAAGUGAAUGUGAGAAGUAACCAAUAGCAGGUGGACAUGUCUUGUUCGGUUUAACAUGAAUAUUUGUUUACUCUGACUGUCCACCUUGAAAAUACUUGCACUAUUAGCCUAUAUUAAAAUAAAAUACUUAUAGAUAUACUGUAUGUUAACUGUAGUAUUUAGUAUUGAGCAUGGUAAUGGCUUGUAGAACAAAUGUGUAAAAAACAUAUUUUGCAAAAUCCUUUUUUGACCUUGCAACAAAAUGAAAAUGUUAUAAUUUUUGUUCAAAUAAAUCCACAUUUACCCACA